AUCCCUCUAACUCAUCACCAUGCCACUCACCCCAUUCUUCUCUCUUAAAGCUAAGUAUAUAUAACGAUUUUAUAUGCAUAGAUAUAUAGAUUGGAGAAAUGGGUAAAGAUCUAUUGCCUUUCUUGUUAAUGGUGGUGGUGCAAUUUGCUCUUGCUGGCACAGCUAUCAUAACAAAGCUUGUUAUGGAUGAAGGCAUGGACCCUUAUGUCCAUUUAUCCUAUCGACAAAUUAUUGCCACCAUUUCUAUUGCACCCUUUGCUUACUUUAUCGAGAGGAAAACAAGGCCUAAGUUGACACCAUUUACACUUUUCCUAAUCUUCAUGUGUUCUAUUAUUGGGGUAACAGCAAUGCAAAUGACGUGUUUUAUCGGAUUAAAGAAUUCCACAGCAACUAUUACAACAGCUUUGUCUAACUUAGUCCCGGCAAAUACUUUCCUUCUUGCCGUCAUUUGCGGGCUUGAAAAAGUAGGAGUGAGAACUAAAGCAGGACAAGCCAAAAUGAUGGGGACAAUACUGUGCAUUAGUGGAGCUGUGUUGCUAUCAUUAUAUCACGGGAAAGUGGUGAUUGACAAUCUGGGGAUUCAUUGGAAAUAUUCAUCACAUAAUACGAGCAAAAAUAACAGCCAUGGCAACUUCUUUACUGGACCCUUUCUAGUCAUAAUCAGCACUAUGGCUUAUUCUGUAUGGUUAAUCAUACAACCAAGUGUUAUUUUGAGGUACCCUGCUCCAUAUUCUAGCACAACAUUGAUGUUCUUCAUGGCAAGCUUGGAGUGUGGAAUUAUUGCAAUUUGUGUUAAUCAUGACAAAACUGCCUGGUCUUUGAAUUCCAUCAGAGCUAUUUCAGUUCUUUAUAACGGAACUGUGAACUCGGCACUAGCAUUGUAUUUGGUUACAUGGUGCAUCAAAAGAAAAGGACCUUUAUAUGUCUCUAUGUUCCUCCCCUUGAUGUUAGUCAUUUCUGCCUUUUUCAGCUGGACACUGCUCGGUGAGAAGUUAUACGUUGGAACAAUUUUAGGGUCAAUUGUGACUCUUACUGGAUUCUAUGUUUUUUUAUGGGCGAAGAAAAAAGAGAUAACGCGUGCCACAGAACAUGUUGAGGAGGAGACGGAGGAGGAGGUGCGUAAAGAAAAGGACAAAUUGACUAAGAUUGAUGACUUGGAAGUGCAAUUCUCACAAAAUUCAAAUGCCAACUCAAAUUAAAUCUUCCCCUAUGCCCAAAGCCAUAUUUAUGAUUAAGGAUACAUAUAACUUUAGGGAACAUAACAAACUAACAGAUAUAUAAGCAACGCAUGAAACUAUUGUAAUAGUAAGACAGCAAUUUUUUUGACAAUUCCUCUUUUGUUUGCGUUGGAUGCUGUAUAAAUUGACAAGUCGAGAACAACAUGUAUUAGAACCUUGAAUUGUAAAGUGAGCUAGAGUAUCGCUACAAGUUUGGCUGUAUGUCUAGCUUCUUUUCGAA